AUGGCGGAAAUUCUAAAUUAUAACGAUCGUCAAUCAAAUGGUUUACGAAACGGACAAUUGCACGAAGUUCGUGUCAAUCAACGAAAGAUGAUUGAUAACAUAUUUACUCAAUAUUCAUCGGAUUUCGUUGUUUGUCGAGAAGUCAUUCAAAAUGCGGAUGAUGCUCGAGCAACAUCUUUUCAUUUGCAAAUUAAAUGCGAUGCACCAUAUUCAUCAUUACCAAAAGAGAAAGAAUUUGAUAAUCGAACAAUUACUGAAUUCCGUAUGAUAAACAAUGGUAAGAUCUUCUCGGAAACUGAUUGGAAACGUGUUGCUACUAUUGCCGAAGGAAACACAGAUCCUCAAUCAGUUGGUCAAUUUGGUGUUGGAUUUUUCUCCGUAUUUUCAUAUACGAAUGAACCAAUGAUUACAUCUGGAAAAGAAUACAUGAAAUUUGUUUGGAAAGGUGAUCAAUUAUUUUAUGAACAUGAUAAACUAUCAAUUCAACAACAAUCCAACGAAACUUCAAUUAUUCUUAACAUGCGAAAUAAAUGUAUUCUAUGCAUUGAAUCAAAUUUAAAUAGCAGUAAAGAAACAAAGGAAGUUAUGUCAACAAUCAAUUUAACUGAAUUGAAAGCUUAUUUUGCCAAAGUUCUUUCAUUUACACGUCAUAUUGUAAAUCUUGUUAUAACAAUCAAUUCAUUAACUGUCUUUCAAGUAUCUAAAAAGAAAUAUGAUAAUCCAUCAAUUCAAAAUACAUUUACAUUUAAACCACAGUCUUCUAUUCAUCAUAUGUUACAUAUCAAUUCAUUUGUUGUUACAGAACAAAUCAUUACUAUUGAUAAUACUGCAUCCAUUGUUCUUGGUCAUAUAACUGUCGAAGCUAGUGUCAAUGUUGAUCAACAAUUUCAUAAUUAUAUUGAACGUACUUUGAAACGUUUACCAUCUAGUAUUAAAAUUCAAAUUUUAUUCGUACCAAUUGAUACUAUUAUUAAUCAACAACAAUUGCAAUCAUCGUUAGUAGAUAAGAAUCUAAAUAGUCAAAUUCUCGAACGGAUCCUCCCAUUAAAAUUUCUUGAUAAUGAAAUUAUUCCAUCAGGAUUUAUAUUUAUUGGACUUGGAACACAUCAGUCGAUUGGUAUAGGGAUGCAUGUCUACAGUCAUUUUAUUCCAACUGUCGAACGUCAAGAACUCAAUCUACAAGAUCCAUACAUUGCCAAAUGGAAUAAAGAACUUCUUGCAACUGUUGGACAAAUCGCUCGAUGUUUCUACGAUCAAACAAUCAACCAUAGUUCACACAAUAGAUCAGAUGUCUAUUACAAUGCUUUAAUAAAAUCUUAUUCUUUUCAACCAACAACACCAAACGAGAAAGUUGGUAUCAUCGUUCGUAGUGGAUUUUUUGCAUCAAGAAAUAAUAUUCUCGUUCCAGUAAAACAAACAUCAACUGCGAAGCAUUUAUCAUUAUUACCAUCUGCACAAGCAUUUCUUGCAGAUUCUAAAUAUAUUCAUGAAUUUCUUUCACUUCCACUUGUUCCAUUUGAAUUAGCUAGAAAUCAUUUCUUUACGAUAUUAAAAGAAUAUCAACUAAUCAAUAUUGUUAACAAAUCCAUCAUAGAAACACAAUUAAUUUCAUCCAUUCUUUUAUUCAAUGAAUUAAUUGCAUUACUUCAAUGGCUUUGUAUUCAUGGUAUCAAUGAUCGUUCAUAUGCCAAACGCAUACUUUUAAUCGUUCGUUUUCAAGAAACUAUUAAUUCACCAAUUAGUUUCUUCAAACAAAUCAAUUGUUAUGAUGCAUCAAAUAUUUCAUCAAUUCUUCCUCUACCACUAAAUGUUUUACCAGUUAGUAUAGCUGGACAUUUUUCAGAAGAACAGCUUCGACAUCAUUUAUUUCUGAUACCAUGUACAUUCAAAGAUCUUAUGGAAUUUUAUUUACAUGAAAAUCAACAUUAUUUAUUUUACGAUAGUAAAACAGCAACACGUCUUUUAAGUAAUCUAUCAAAAUAUUCAAGUCAUUUUUCCCAAUCAAAAUGGUUAGAAGUUAAAAAGAUUCUUUCCGAUCUGAAAUGUAUACCAACAACAGAAGGUAUGAAAUUACCAAAUGAAUCAUAUAUUCCAUCCCAUAUGUUAACACCUGAUUCACCUGCUAUUACACUUAAUAUUCUACCAGAUAAGACAAAAACAAAGAAUCAAACAAAUAUUAAUAAUUCCGAUGAAAAUCUUGUUUCAACAUAUUUUCUUAAACAAAUUGGAUGUCGAAUGUUGAAUAUCCAAUCGAUCAUCAAAUAUUGGCAAAUGAACUCUAAUAAUAUAUCAGAAUUAAAUCAAGAAAAUAUCCAAACAUUAAUCGAAACUUUAAUGAAAGAACGAAAAUAUAUGACUGAUGAAGAUUUUAAAGCUCUGAAACAAAGUCAAUUUUUGCAAGGAACAACAUUGCAAUCUACUGAUCGAAUCAAACAACAAUAUUUUCCUCAUGAUCUUCAUUUUCCAUCGAUUGCUAAAGACCUCAAUUGGAAUGACUUGAUUAUUCUCGAUUGGGACGAUAUUGAUCCACAUUCAUCUGAAUUUGCUUUUUUAAAAGAAUUAGGUGUAAGAGACAUACCUGAUUUACAUAAUUUAAUUAAUCGUAUCAUUGUUGAAUAUAAUGAUAAACAACAUAAAUUACCAAUAGCACUUCAGUUUUUUGCUAAAAAAUUUCAAAAAUAUUAUUCAACAACAUGGAAAAUAAACGAUAUUCAACAAGCAUUUCUUCCAUCAUGUUUACCAACAAAAACUAAUAGUAAUAAUAAUAUAAUUUUAUCAACACCAAAUAAAGUAUUUCUAAAAUCAAAUCCUUUAUAUGCUACUCUUCUUCCUGAAGUAGUGAAAUUAUUUGAAAAAUAUCAUAUUAUUCCGUUGCUUGGUAUUAAAGAACAGCCCACUCUAACACAAGCUUUUGAUACUGUUAUCGAAAGAAAAACUGAAUUGUUAACAAUCAAUUCAGCUGGGGAAAUAUUUGCAUAUUUGAAUGGACUCGAAGGACUUAAUCAGACAUUUAUAAAACAUUUAUCUAAUAUUGCUUUUAUUCCUUUACAUGGUGUGUCAACAUUAAUGAAACCAUCACAAAUCUUCAUCCAACACGCAACAAGCUCGGCUUCUACAGAAUUAGAUAUGAGUGGUCUCAUUGAUUAUGUCGAUUAUGGAUCAGAAGGCAAUUCAUUUCUUUUAACUAUUGGUGUUCGCCAUUUUCCACCUAUUCCCAAGCUAGUUGAAAUACUUCUUGAACGACAAGCAAAUUAUUUUUCUAAUUUGAAAGAUAAUGAAACAAUUUUAAAACAGAAGAUCAAUACUUAUAUUAAUUGUCUUAAACGAAUUGCACGUGUUUCGGCUGAAAUACCUGAAUUUCACAAUGAGCCAUUAGAAAGACGAUUAAAAACGGAACCAUGGUGUCUUGGUUUUCAACGAAUUGAUAGUAAUGAAAGUAAAACGAUGUAUUUUUAUAGAAUUGUGAAACCAACUGAAAUUUAUCUCAAUGAUGAUCCACAAUGUGAACUUCAUCAUCGUCCUAUAUGUUCAAAUGAGCCUGAAUUAAAUAAAUUAUACAAACAAUUUGGAGCUAAAUGGUUAUCGGAAUGUGUGACUCGAGAGCUAGUACCCACAGGCAAACCUAUAUCGACAGAUCAAAGCAAUGAACUGAAGAACAUAAUUCAACAACGUCUUAAUAUUUUAUUUGUUGAUAAACAAGGUGUACCGCUAGCCGAUUUGAAUAAGCAACAUUUUCAAUUGCUUGAGAAGAAUUUAUCUGUUUUUGAAAUAAAAGACAUAAGAUGUCGUUUAACAUUUCAAAAUGUAACAAAAGUUCUUGAUUCAAUAAAUAGUAGUUCAUGUACACUUCAACAGAAACAAAACGAAGUGAUAUUAUAUCUUCGACAGGAUUUGUCAACAUCGAACUAUGAUUAUCUCGAUAUUGCACGUGAACUUGCUCAAUUUGUUUUCAAAGCUCCAUCCGAAUCAGUAAUCGAUACAAUAUAUAAAAGACUUUCAUUAUCGUUGGAAUCACUCGAAAGACACGGUCUUCCUGUGACAACUUUGUUAAAAAAUAGAUCACAAGAUCUACUGUCACCACAAGAAGAACCUGUCGUACGAUCGAAAAAAAUUCCAUCUCUAUUGGCAGGUGCUCUUGGAAUAUUUGGACGUCUUGGUCGUUCAAAUAAGAAAAAAGAUCCUAUUAAUCAUGGCAUUCAAUCUAAAGAGCCUGAUCACGAUGAAUAUCCUAUUAAUCAUGAAAUUCAAUCUAAAGAGCUCGAUCCUGCUAAAGAUCCUAUGAAUCAUAACAUUCAAUCUAAAGAGCCCGGUUAUACUAAAGAUUCUAAUAAUCAUGGCAUUCAAUUGAAAGAGCUUGAUCGUGCUAAAGAUUCUGUUGAAAAGGAUGAUCAACCAGUUGAUCCUUCUCGUGUCAAGACCACACAUACUUCACACGAUCAUACCAGAAAUGUUGUGCCCGAUGUUCAGCAACGAGAUAACCAUACAUCUACCAUAGCAAGACAUCCGAUUGAAGAUUUCAAACGUGGAAAGGUCCCCAUGAAGAGAAUACUACGUGGUCUAGUUCAACAAAGUCAAGCGUAUCCAGAAUCUACUAUUAAUCACAAAGGAUAUAUCCGUAACGAGCAUCAUGAAUCAUGUGAAGUCAUACCCGAUAUCAACAUGAAAAUUUAUCCAAGUGCUGAUAUUCCAAUACCACUUUUUAUUGAAGAAGAUGUAAUUGUAACAUCUAAAAUGAUCAAUCAAGCACAACAGCUCUCCUAUGUACUUACUAAUCUUGCUCAAUAUGUUUUUGAACUUUCCAUUGAAGCAUUGCAUCUAUUUCGUGACAUUAAUGGAGAUCGUAUAGCUUUCAAUAAGAAUGGUGCACUUUUCUUUAAUCUUCGUUAUUUCGAGCAAAUCUAUGCUGAUGAACUUCAAACUUAUCUUCAACAACCAACAACAUCAGAUCGUAUUGUAAACACAAUUCUAAAUUUCUAUUUCAUGGUUACAUGUCAUGAACUAGUACAUAAUAUCAAUCCAAAUCAUGAUUUAAACUUUAUUAAUAAUCUACAAGAAUGUGCAACUGAAUGUAUGAUUCAAAAAGAACUCACUUUAGCCAAUUUCUCAUUCAACGCUCUCAAAUCAAAUGUUUCAACAAGAUUUUGA